ACACCUUCUUUGUAAGUUCGCUGAAAUCACUGAAAUAAAGGAUAUUUCGUCAGAAAAUCUCUUUACGUCACACGUCUUUACCCCCCUGAAGUCUGACAGUGUUAUCCAACGGCCAAAAAAUUUCCGUCACUUUACGAUCUCAGCUAACAAUAAUCAAUUGACCAAUAUUUAUUUUUGCUUAGGUAUAUUAAUUACAAAUAUUUCAAUGACUUACAAUAAUUUAGUCCUUGUAGGAAAUUGGAGUGAAGAAAGAUUGAAAAAUGAAUAUGAAUUCAAGAUAUUUUUGCGGAAAAGAGAUAGAAAAGAGUUAUUGCUUCAACGAUCACGGACAUUAUUCAGCAACUUAUUAAAAGAGAGACCACUAGCAAUUAGUGGCACUUUUGUACUCUUCGGAUAUAAUGUUCAGGUCGUCGCAUCCGAUAUGCCAGCUAAACAAAGCGGAGGGAAGCCACAAUAUGGUUUAGCGCUUUCUAGUCUGGUUAGCGAAAGGCAAGUGGAUUUUAUGCAAAACAUAAACGAUGGAUGCCUAAUGACUCUUUCUCCUAUCACCACACCUUGUUGCCGGAAUACUUUUGUUAUACUAAGUGCCAAAGAUGAAAGUAUUCACGGUAUAAAGAUGAACUAUGGCGAUGAAUUUCUAUUACGAGCAGAAAAUUACGGUGAUCCACAAGCGGCUCCAUUAUACGUUCGUUAUACACCAGAGGGUGUGCCAGGUCCGUCAGAUAGAAUGCCAAUACGACUGAGCGCUACAAAGGAUUCAAAUUGCCGAUGGACCACUAUGCCGUUGCUAGCAAAAGAUAGACUUGAAGGUCUAGGGAGUCCUAUAAAGACAGGAGCCAAACUCAUCAUAAAAAAUUGUGUGGCUGAUAAAAGUUUAUGUGUGAUGAAUCAAAAUUGGAUGCAAACUUUUUUCGGUCCUUACAAGCUAAACAAAUUUCUCGAACAAAUGAAAUCAGGGAAUUUAAUGUUGGCGCGGUUCCGCAAAAUGACUGAAAACCUUAACAAGCCCACUGUAUUGACUCAAUCGUCGGGAAGUAUCAGUUUUGGAGCGAAAAUUGCCCUCCUCGCUCCCCACGUGCCAGCCUCGGAUCCUCCUGUAGAGGACAAAAAGGGAUUAUUACUAGGAGGACGCUUGUCUUCCACUGAAAUAAACUAUUCACAAGAUCUCGAAGACGGAUGUGCAGUUGUGGGACUGUGUGACUUGCAGCCCACUGAAAGGAAUACAUUCAUCAUAACAAGUGCCGACUAUUGCAACCGCGAAGGAGAACAACUCAAGUAUAAUCAAGAGUUCCUUCUUGCUCUAUCCUCUUCCGUAGCUAAAAACAAGCCACUUUACCUUAGAUACGACCCCAACCCAAUUCCGGGGUUGUGCGGGAUGUACCCUUUGUAUCUCAGCAAGCAUUACGUCUCCAACACUAGAUGGCGCGUCCUACCCGUUCAGAGUCCUAAUAUUACCAGAUUCGAACAGGAGGGAAACCCAGUUCAAGUGAAUACGGACAUUAUAAUCAACCAUUGUGCCACUAAUGUUAAUUUGGGAUUAAAUGUCGGUUGCUGGGCUAUGGGGUUUUAUGGCAAAGUUUGCGCGCCUUUAAUGAAGACCUGUUUAGACGUUUAUGGUAAAGAGUUACCAAAUAAUAUUUGGCAAAUUUAUGUACCAAUAGCAAGUUGAUGGUGAACUUAAGAAAUCUCGUAAUAACAACAAUCACAU